UACAGUGUCCUGGAAUUUUUGGGAAAGGUUACUAUAGUGCAUUGUAAUUAAAGUUUAAGGCUUCACGUAAAAAACAUUAUUCUCGAAAAAUCAGUUCAAAAAGAGUAUCGCUCAGUGAUUCAAUAAAGCCAGUAUUGCAUAAUGGGAAUAUUUGCCAGUCGAAGUGGCGUUGUCACCGAGGACGUGACUGACCAGUCCUCUAACAUCAACCCUUUGAUGUAUCGUUAUCCUCCCAAGCAAGGGAAUUAUUUUUCAAGUUAUUUCAUCAUGGGAGGAGAAAGGUUUGAUGUCCAGCAACCAGAAGCUUAUUUGUUUGGAGAUAAUUCAGAUCUUAAUUUCCUCGGGAAUCGACCUGUUCCUUUUCCAUAUUCAGCACCCCAAACUAAUGAGCCAACAAAGACUUUAAGAGCCCUGAUUAAUGUGAGGAAAGAAUCUGUACGAUUUUUACGUACAGCACCAGCUUCAGACAGAGGAGAAGACCCAUCAUACACAGUUGAAUUUGUAUUUGAUUCAGAUGUGUCCUGUUCAGUUACCAUAUACUUUGGUUGUGCGGAAGAAGUGUUGGCACGGGGAGUCCGCUAUGUGUCAAGGAGUGGCUGUCCUCCGGAAACUUUCCAUUAUAAACCAGGGGCUGGCCAACUUUUUAGCCAGCCUACAGUUAUGUGGAGCCCAUGUAAUAUUCAACAACCCCAGAUUCAAGUUCAGACCAGCAUUAAUACAUCUGGCCAGUGGACGACCAGAAUAGCAGAUAACUCUCCAGGCACAGAAAAUGACAUAAUACCUGUAGUCAUAGUGUGUGAAGCUGAGGAAGGGGAUGAUCCGAAACAACAUCAAGCUACGUAUUGCCUGAUAGAACAUUCAUCAGAUGCAUCUUAUGUACUAAAAGCUUUGAAACAAAAAUUGUAUGUUGACAAUUUAGCUUAUCUGCUUCAGGACAUUUACGGCAUUGAAAACAAACUAGUACAUCAUAGGGAAUCUGAUGAACCAGAAGUUGAAACUGAAGAGGAUGAUGGAUCAGUUUUAGACGAAGGUGAACCGGAAGACGACGAUGAAGGAGGAGGGGAGUGCGUCAUUUGCAUGUCCGAACCUCGGGACACCCUCAUUCUACCUUGCCGACACUUGUGCCUCUGUCAACUCUGCGCCGAUAGCUUGCGGUACCAAGCUAAUAAUUGCCCCAUUUGCAGGGCACCAUUUCGUGCACUCCUGCAAAUUCGGGCUUUGCGAAAGGUUCAGGGACCACCCACGGAAUAUACCCAGUUGGAUGACUGUGUUCCCAUGGGUUACGAAGCAAUUUCGCUGCUUGAGGCUCUGAAUGGUCUCACUGUCGCCCCUCGACGUCCUCGCCCUCGCCGUACCGUUAACCCCACCGUAGAACCUGUAGAGUCUGCAAGUAUAAACAAUCCUCCCCCUGGAGAAACCGUUAUCAAUGUCAAUGAAGACAGCAUUGGCCCAAUAUCUUCCACACUUUUGGAAGAAAUAGAAAACGAUAUCGUCCACGGAGAAUCUACUUCCGAAUCUUUCGUUGAAGCAGUCAAUACAUUUGGAAGCCGGAUGGGGUGGAACCGUAUGCAAAACGGCCGACGCUCGCUUGGAGCCGUUCCUGCUGAGAGUCCUUUAACCGUUGUUUCCAUAGGACAGGGUCCUCUUCGGCGAACACGUAGUGCUCAUACAAGGCGUCCUCUCACAACUCCAAAUGCCUCGUUGCUUGGACCUCGUGGUGCAACUUCACCUAGUUUACGUUCCAGUGGCGAUAGCUGCAGUUCAGCCGACUCCACUAGGCGGUUGGUUAAGCCAACCCCUUUAGCUAAUCUCCCUCAAGAAUUUGAUUAGAAAACAUCAGAAGCAUAACGUUGAUUCGGCAAGGCAGCAGAACGGAGGUUAACGCUGAAAGGAAAAAUCCAUAAAAACUGAAGAAAUUACGUAUUUCAACAGGCAGAAAAGACUGUUAUUUUACACGCCAUCUUAUAAGAGGUAUUGUUUCUGACUUGAUUAUUUAUCUUUUUCUGGUACCAAACUUAAUGAGAAGCGGCCAAAAAGAAAAAGUCUAUCAUUUUGGCCGAAUUUCUUCUCGAUCUAUCCAUCUCGUUUUAAUCAUGUUUAUAUCGUACUGUGGCACUUUACCCGACAAUAUGUCUACUUGGGCUUGUUUAUAUUUCGUUUUGAUUCGCUCCCUACUGUAUCGAAUCUCGCAAUGUUAUGAAUUUCUAUUCCCCACAUCCUCCCAACCAAUCAUCGCAUCACAUUUUUUACAUCAUGAAAUAUUAUAUAUACACCUUACAUUGGAAAUAAAACAAAAAUCGUCGCUGAAUG